AGGAGGCUCGGAGGAGCGCGCGGGACUGAGCUCGCGUUAUUAUUGUGCCAAACGCACGCCGGCGCGCGCACUUCCAAGCGCACUCGGUCUUCACAGAGAAGAUUCCUGGGUAAACCGGAAUAACCGUGCACGAGACAGAGCAGUGAUGGUCGCGCGCCGGCGAUGCCGCGGAGGAGAACUUAUGCGAAAAGUGAGCACCGACUGAGGAGUGCACAUGGAAGUCGCCAUGUUGUCGUGCAACACCACCGCGAUCAAAGACUGGAGCUUCUUCCUGUCUCAUAUUCUGCCGCUGGUCAACCGGUCUGCCGGGCUCGUGCACCGCGGCGUGGAGGAGGCGGAGGCGGUUACGGUCGCCGUGGUGACCGUAGCGCUCGAGCCCGCCAGCCGCGCGCCCCCGGACUCCAACCACACGGAGCACGUGUACCAGUACUCGUACUCGGAGGGUGAUGUGCUCGUGCACGGCGGUCGCGAGCCGCCCGACCGGGAGCCCAUUCCGCUGCCCAAAGCCGUGCUGUACCUGCUGAUGGCGGCGCUCGUGGUGGUGCUGGUGGCCUACGCCAUAGUGGGACAUCUGGUCAAAGAUCUGCUACAAGAGUUUGUGGAGUGGGUGUUCGGAUCCCGUUCGGCGAACCGCAGGAGCAAAAGCGACGUGAACUGCAUCACGGCCGGCGGCAGCGAGAUGAACGAACUCCCACAUCUUCUGCAACCAAACUAUGUUACACAUAAUAACUCUGGCUGCUCGAGCGGCGUGAAGCCCGAGGAGCUGGUGGUGAACAUCGACGAACCUUUACACCUCCCUCUCUCACCGCCGCCGCCGUCGCCACCGCACACAGGGACCUAGCGCCGUCGGCGGAGUGGCUGCCAUUUUGAUUUUCUCCCUCGUGAUCGAGAUGGAGGAAGGAGUGGGUGAGGCAAGGAAGGAAGUAGAGUGUGACAUUACAGGAAUCAGUACUACACACUGCACCUGUGGGACUAUUAUUGGAACAAUAAAUGGAACAAUAAAUCCUGAUGAAGGCUGUUGUGAUAGCUAAUGGAUUUUAAAGUCAGAUUUAAAAACAUUUUCCCAUUGCGUCUCUGUAUUUUUAUAACAAGUUUGUUCGUUUUAAGCGCUCUCUCUCUCUCACACACACACACACACACUCCCUGAUUUUAUUUUUCUGUGAUCCUUUCUUUUACGAUGGUUUUGUCUUUCCACACUGUUUUCCAACUUACACUGCACUCCAGAACUCUUAAGUGAGCACGCUCAUACAAUUUGAGUGUGUGUGUGUAUGUAUGUGUAUGUGUAUGUAUAUGUGUG